AUGGCCUCCUCGUCGGCGGCAGACGCCUCUACUUCAGCAGAUGAACCGCCACCCAGGCCUCCAGUCGUACCCCCAGGUCUCGGUAGACUCUCCUCUGCCGUCUCCAUCAACGAGAUGCAGCGCCCGCGGAAACUCAAACUUCUCGUCGCCGCCAACGGGCCUAAGGACGUCGCUUGGGCCCAGACUCUGGCAGUCAGGCUCUCCAAGGAAUCCCAGAUUGUCGUACGCGCCAUUGUCGACGACAUGACACACCGGCUCGCGCAAGAGAUUGUUUGCUAUCAGAACCGAUCCUUCAACACCAAGGGUGAUGGAUGCUCGAGAGAGAUUGACGACCUCCACUACCGCGCCUUCGAGCUGGUCGAGUGGGCAGAUCUGCUGGUUCUGGCCCCUAUCGACGCCGACAACCUGGCCAAGAUGAUGAGUGGCAUCGCAGACACUCUCCUACUCGAGGUAUUGCGCAGCUGGGACGCGUCAAAGAGGAUUCUCAUGGUGCCCGGCAUGUCCACACAUAUGUGGGAGAAUCCAGUUACCAGGAAACAGAUGGGCAAGCUUCACCGGAAAUGGCAAUGGAUCAGGGUGCUCCAACCAAUACUAUGGUCCUACGAUGGGCCCGAGCAUCACGGCGUGCCAAAGAGGGUCGCCAAAUGGGGCGCCUUGAAUGAGCUCGUCACCAUCAUCAAGAACCAAGCCGACCUCCUGUCCUUGGGCCACGACGUCGAUGCCGCUACUCAGGGACUCGUUGCCAAGAAUAGCAAACAAUCGAGCGCCACACUGCCGGCCGAGCUAUGGAGCAUCAUCUUCGAGCACACCGGCGACUGGGAACUCGCCCAGGCCUGCGGCGUCUAUACCAACCUCCCAGUGCCUACACACCUGGGCUGGCGCCUAGAGCCGCAAUAUCCAAAUGAUCCCCUCUCGAUAUAUCAGCAUGAGCUCGAGUGGACCAUCCUGAGCGCGAGCUCUGACGCCAUCUGCAAGAAGCUGUCCGAGGCGCCCGACUCCUUCCACGAGCUCAGUGCCCUGGCCAUUAAACUCAUCUUCAAAUUUACCUUGACCGAUGUCCUCAGCUACAUCGAAGCCAAUUGCCCCCACAUGUUCAAGUGCUUUGAUGGCAAGACGAUCCCCACCAAGGCUUCCGCCUACUACGGCCGCAUCGAGAUCCUCGACUGGUGGGCCCGCAGCCCGUCCUUCCUCCAGAAACAAUACGACAACGAGGCCGUCGACGUCGCGAGCCAGAACGGCUACGUCCACGUCCUAGAAUGGUGGCGGCGCUCCGGCCUGCCCCUCAAAUACACCGCCGCCGCCCUGGAACAGGCCUCGGCGAGGGGCUACAUCCACGUGCUCGAGUGGUGGCGCGAGGCCUACCUGCAGAACCCGUCGGACAUCGUGCUCAAGCCGGGCAAGUCGAUCCUGGCGGCGGCGCAGUACGGGCAGCUGGAGGCGAUCCGGUGGUGGGACGGGUCGGGCAUCACGCUCGGCCACGAGGAGCAGGUGUGCAAGGUGGCGUCGCGGUACGGGCGCGUGGCGGUGCUGGAGCUGUGGCGGGGGCUCAAGGGCGACGACAAGCUCAGCUUCGACUGCUCCAUCCUCACGGAGCCGACGCUGUACUCGCACGUCGCCGUGCUCGACUGGUGGCUGCGCUACGCCCACGCCGACCUGCCCGGCAUGGACGGCCGCCGCGCCAAGAGGGUCGAGUACCGCAUGAUGGACAUCGAGGAGUCGCUCGAGGACGCCCUCGGCGACCAGACCGAGGUCCGCCGCUGGUGGGCCGAGAACGGCCUCAACCUCGGCAUCGGCACCACGGCGUGGAUGAAGGCGAGGGAGCUCUAG